AUGUCGGCGAGGCUGCAGGCUGCUGGCGUGCCUCUGGCGCUGGCGGCACUGGGUCUGGAUGUGGGUUCGCUGAAGGCUGCGGGGCUGCCGGACCAUGCAGUGGCAGCGCUGCAUCGCGCGCUGGGGGCGCAUGCGGAGGCGUGGCGCGGGGUGGUGGCCGCGGGGGUGGACCAGCUGAGGGCCGUGCUGGUGCGGCAGGGCGGCGCGGCAACAGCUGCUGCGGUGCAGCUGCUGGGCGAGCCGACAGAGGCGCUGGAGGGCCUGGUGGCGGACUACGCUGCGGCGUACGCGGCGAUGAAGGAGCAGCUGGAGGUGCGGCUGCGGCACGAGGCGCGGCGCGGGGACCACUACGAGGCGCGGUCUCAGCAGCUGGAGGGGGACCUGCGCGAGGGGCGCGCACAGCUGGAGGCGACACAGAGGCAGCUGGCUGACUCGAGAUCUGAGGUGGCCGCCCUGCAGAACAACCUCUCAGUGCAGGCUGCAGCAGCAGCAGCCCACGCAGCCGCAGCUGCUGAGGCGGCCGAGGAAGCAGCGCGUGCUCUUGCGGCGUCAGAGGCGCAGCGUGCGGGCGAAGCUGGAGAGGCUGCACGCGUGCAGGGCGCCCUGAGGGUGCAGCUGGACGAGGCGGCGGUGCAGGGUGCGGCGCUGGGCGAGGCGGCGCGGCAGGGCGAGGCGCUGCGCGUGCUGUACGCGGAGGAGCUGGCGCGCGCGAGCCGCCUGGCCGUCGAGCUGACGCGCGCGAGAGAGGCGGCGGAGCGCGCCGAGGAGGAGGGUGGCAGCCUGCGGCGCGCGCUGGCGCGGGGCGAGAGCCAGGUGGGGCAUGCCGAGGACGAGGCUAAUGCUCUCAGAGCACGAACUGGGCAGCUGGAGGCCACUUUGAACAAGCGGGCCGACGAGCUGCGCGGCGCUACGGACAAUUUGGCGGCGACUCGCCUGGCUUUGGAGCGCAGCCGCACCGCGGCAGUGGAUGCGGCUGCGUCGGCGGCGGCCGUGGCUCGCUCCCUGGGUCACCGCCUGCGUGACACCCAGGACCAGCUGGCCGCCAGCGAUAAGGCGGGCAGAGCUCUGGACGAAUCACUCAAGCUGCGGCAGCGGGAGCUGGAGGGGGCCAACGCACAGAUUAAGGCCGGCCGCGGUCACCUGAAGCAGCUGCUGUCUGACUUAGAGGGGGAGCAGGAGCGCGCCGCAGGUCUGGUGGCCGCGCUGGACGAUGCGCGCGCCAAGCUUGUCUCUGCUGAGGGCUGCAAGGAGGUGGCCGAGGCCCGGCUGGUGCGCGCGCAAAAGCAGGUGGCGGUCGCGAAUGAGGCGGCCGCGGAGCUGGAGGCCAAGAACAACGCCCUGGCGGCGCAGCUAAAGGACCGUGAAGCUGAGGUGGCGCAGCUGACGGAUUCCCUGGAAGCAUCCGUCGCGACUGCUACUGCGGCGGAGGCAGAGGGCGAGGCUCUGAGGGCGCGUGUGGUGGGCCUGGAGGCUGUCGCGGCGCAGCACACGGCGCUGGUGGAAGUGCACCGGGCCGUGGUGGAGAGGGUGGAGGCGCUGGAGGCGGCACAGCACGAUGCCGAGCGGGAGCUCCGAGGCAUGCAGGCGGCGGCUGACGAGCUGCAGCAGCUGCAGGCCGAUACGCGUUCUCGGGCUGAGCGUCUGCAGGAGCAGCUGCGGGCCGUGGACGGCGAGCUGGCCAGCGUGCGCUCCCUGCUGGGCACCGCGGAGGUCCAGGCGGCAGAGGCGCGGCUGCUGCGCAUCAGGGUGGCUGAGCUGGAGGACAGCUCACUGCGGCUUCAGCGCGAGGUGUGGGGGCUGUGGUGCAAGUGGGACGGCUGGUAUGCGGCUCUCGAUUCUGAGGAGGUGCUGGGCGAGGCGUGUGAGUCUGGCAGCGGCGCGGCGGCGCUGGCGCGCGACCUGGCGGACGCCCUGGCGGCCACUGAGCAGCAGCUGGAGGAGGUCGAGGCUGACAGACAGGUGGUUGCGGCGCAGCGCGACAGCUGGAUGGGCAGCUUCCAAUCAGCGUACGGCAAGCUGCAGGCCUACCAGGCCCAGAUUCAGGCGGUCGCUGCGCUGCAUGGCCAGGUGGGCUCCCUGGUGGUGCAGCUGCGCGAGGCACACGCAGACGCGGACGGCGCCAGCGCCCUGCUGCAGCAGGAGCGCAAGGAGGCGUCGUCGCGUGCAGUGGCUCUGAAGAGCCAGCUGGUGGAGGUCAAGGGGGCCCUGGCAGAGCUGUCUGGGGACCACGAGGUGCUGCGGCAGGCGCACGCCGCUCUGGUGGCGAAGGACCUCCUGGCCACUGGCCUGCUGAGGGACAGGCCCCGGAAGGUCCGGUUCCGCAGCCUGCCGCAGGAUGCGCUCCUGCCGACGCGGCUGGCGGGCCUGGUGGAGCGCCUGGCGGCAGCGCCGGGCGUCAGUUCCCUGCUGCCCUGGGUGGCGGGGGGCGCGUUCCUGGGGCACCUGGGCCGCGGCCAGGAGCUGGGGCGGCCCCUGGCGGACGUUCAGGCCCCUGAGCUGCACCUGCUGCUGCUGGAGGCCUGCGACGUCCUGGGCCUGGGCCAGCCCCCGCGUGUGCACCUGCUGCCGGGAGACUCGCCACACAUACACCUGCUGACAGUGCCCGAGGCGUGGGCGGCUGCGCCCCCGGGUGGGGCUGCCAGCGGCGGAGGCGUGUUCUCCUGGCGGCGGCAGGGGCUGCUGGUGGUGACGCGGGGGGCGCUGCAGGGGCUGAGCCCCGCUGAGCUGCAGGCCGCGCUCGGGGCUGCGCUGGCCCCUUUGUGCCUACCUGGUGGCUUGGGCCGGGACCCCGCAUCUGCAGCGGCCCAGGCCUCAACCUCGCCCCGCGCAUGCCUUGCCGACCUGGCCACUCUGGCCUCACUGGCGGCGCUGGCCCCAGCCGCACUCUGGCGGGCGCUGCCGCCGCAGCUCAGGGCCAUGACGGGGGGCGGCGGUGGCGGCGGCGGCGGCGGUGGCGGCGGCGGAGACCUGGCGGCAAUGCUUGUCGCGGCGGCACGCCUGGUGGCCAUAGGCUGUGACCGCGGGGCGCUGCUUGUGUCUCAGGACCUGGGGACUGCCGUGGCGGCCGUGGUGGCGGCCAGCGGUCCAGUGGGCGGCGCAGCGACUGCGGGCGGCAGUAGCUGUGGCGCAGGGGCUUGGCUGCAGCGUGCGGCGGAGGCCGAGGGCCUGGAGGUGGAGCAGCUGCUGGAGUGUGGCGGCCGGGCGCUGAGUGACGAUGCGGCACUGCUGCUGCGGCUGCGCGAGCUGGUAGCGUGGGACGCAUCAGACGAGUAUGCUGCGCUGAUGGCCCAUCCUGCACCACCUUAG